AUGUUCAGUUACAUAAAGUCAUUUUUCACCAAGUACACACCUGGCCCAGUGGGAGAGCCUGAAGACAAGCACACUGAUAAUGGCGAACCUAACCAGAAUGCCGAAGUGGGGACCAAAAGAAAAAUGGUUGUUGACCAAGACAAACCCAAACCACCCCAACAGUUCAAAAGAGAGAAGUUGGCAGUUCCUCCAGGUAUGAGUAAGAACGCCUUCAAGAAACAACAAAAGAAGCUCUACCGAGACUCGAUGAUGGGAGAAUGGAGAAGAGCCAGAAAAGAACGGACCAAGGAGAGGAAAAAGCAAAAGAGGGAGCUUGUUGAAGAACGGGUUGCCAACGGAGAGGCCCGUGAAGAUGUUAUCGAAGAAAUGUAUAAAAAAAGGAUCCCUAAAUCCAAGAGAAACGAAACCCAAGUAGAUAGUAAAGUUAAUGUGGUGUUUGAUUGUUCGUUCAACCAUAAGAUGAAACAAGAAGAAAUUGCUUCGAUGGCCAGACAAAUCGCCAGAUCUUACAGUGAAAACCGAAGGGCCGAACACUUCAUUAACACCAAGUUGACCUGUUUUGAAGGGUCGUUGAAGAAAUAUCUUGGGCUGCAUCCAGGGUUCGAAAAAUGGGAUCAUUUCGAAUACGAAACCAAGGAUUUGGACGUCCUUGCCAAAGAAGGGAAACUCGAUUUGUCUAAAACCGUUUACCUUUCUGCAGACGAAGACGCUACCGUUGAUGAAUUAAAGGAAGAUUACACCUACAUUAUUGGGGGUAUUGUCGAUAAAGGCAGAUACAAGAAUUUAUGUUAUGACAAGGCCAAAGAGUUGGGGAUUCCAACCGCCAGAUUACCGAUCAAUGAAUAUUUCAAAAUCCGUGGUAGAAAAGUGUUGACCUCUUUGCACGUAUAUUUACUUUUAUCGAAAUGGUUGGAAUGUAAAGAUUGGAAAAAGGCCUUUGAUGAAGUUUUGCCUGAAAGAAAGCAUGAUGAUGAUGAUGAUGAUGAUGAUAAUAAUAAUAAUAAUAAUAAUGAAAAUAAUGAUUCAGAGACUACCAAACCAAAGAAGGAAACUGAAGAUGGAAUGGAAGUAGGAAAUGAAAAAGAAGAAACACCUAUUGAAGGUGAAGAAUCUAAGGAAAAAAAAUCUAAGCAAAAGUCUAAAAAAAAAUCCAAAUCUUCUUAA